GAACAAACAGCUUCAGCGUUAUCUGUACUGAUAAAAAAAGAAAGAAUAGAGUCAACCUAAACUUAAAAUGUUAUUGUAGCAUUGAACUAAAAAUCUAGCCAUGUUUCAGUCGGAUACUAACACUCUCUCUCUGGAUAAAAUUGUUAAUCAUUCUGAUACUAGAAAAGAGGAUGGAAUAGCUGUGUCAGUCAUCAGUUACAUCAAGCAUCCUGAAAGUCUGCUAGGGAAGAGAGCUGAAAACGUGGUUGAGAAUGGGCAGGAUGAGUAUGGCGCCACACACAACUCCUCCAACAACCGGCUGUUUGACAGGCAGGAAAACGCCAGGCUGCGGGCGGAGCGCCUGUCCAGCCAGGAAGGUCAAAGUUCAAGCGUGCUCAGCUUUCACAGCAUAAACUAUGAGGUGGAUGUGAAAUUGACAGCCUGCGGGAAAAGUGUGAAAAAACAAAUAUUGAAGGAUGUCAGUGGGAUAUUUAAACCUGGCAUGAAUGCCAUCUUAGGACCAACAGGAAGUGGCAAGUCAUCACUUUUAGAUGUGCUUGCCGGAAGGAAGGACCCCAGGGGCUUGACUGGUACGAUACUUCUGGAUGGAUUACCUCCCCCUGAUAACUUCAAAUGUCUUGUGGGUUAUGUUGUACAGGAUGAUGUUGUGAUGGGCACUUUGACAGUGAGAGAAAACUUUGAGUUCUCAGCAACACUGCGUCUGCCCAAGUCUGUUAAAAAGUCUGAAAGGAGAGAAAGAGUGAAUCAAACCAUUUACGAGCUGGGUCUGACCGAGGUGGCUGACUCAAAGGUGGGUAAUGAAUUCAUCCGAGGGGUGUCUGGAGGGGAGAGGAAGAGAUGUAACAUAGGCAUGGAGCUGAUCAUCUCUCCACCUGUUCUCUUCCUGGAUGAGCCAACAACUGGCCUAGAUGCUAGUACAGCCAAUGCUGUCAUGUUGCUCCUUAAAAGACUAGCAGAUGGUGGAAGGAAUGUGAUUUUCUCCAUCCACCAGCCUCGCUACUCAAUCUACCGACUCUUUGAUUCCCUCAUGCUGUUGUCUCAUGGCGAUGUUGCCUACCAUGGCGUGGCGCGCGAGGCCUUGGAUUAUUUUACUUCUAUUGGGUACAUCUGUGAGGAACACAACAACCCCUCAGAUUUCUUCCUAGAUGUCAUCAAUGGAGACUCUACAGCUGUCUCCUCCACACAAGACAAGCAUGAGGCUGUGGGAGAUGGGGCACUCUCAUCUAGUCAUGCUGAUGAUACAGGUGCCUUGACAGAUCAUGUAGUCGGUAUAGAAGACAAUCCAUUGAAGGAAAAGUUCAGACAGUCAUCAUGGUUUCAGUUAAUAACAGAUGAGUUAAAGCCCAUACUAGACAACCAUAAACAAGAUGUAAACAAUGGAACUGUCGUGCGAAUAAGAAAAGUGGAUUACAAAACAUCUUUUGGGGUUCAGCUGUUGACAGUAUCCAAAAGAUGUGUCAAGAAUAUUGCCCGCAACCCUCAAGUUUCUAUCAUGCAGUUUGUUGUUAUUGCCAUUUUUGCUCUGAUUGUUGGGGGUGUUUAUUUCAACACCAGUAACUCAAUGGAUUCUGGGAUACAGAACAGAGCUGGAGCUUUCUUCUUCAUCAUCAUGAACCAGGUGUUUGGUAACAUGUCGGCUGUGGAGCUUUUUAUCAAAGAGAGGGCCAUUUUUAUACAUGAAAAUGUGGGUGGAUUCUACAGGGUAUCUGCCUAUUUCCUAGCCAAAGUUUUCUGUGAUGUCAUCCCUCUAAGGAUGAUCCCUGCACUCAUCUUUUCCUGCAUUGUUUACUUUAUGAUUGGACUUCGACCUGGGGUAGAUCAUUUCUUUUUUUUCACCUUGAACUUGUUCCUGACGGCCCUGGCAGCCUCAGCCUUGUCAUUCGCCAUCAGCUCAACAGUCAGGAUAUUUGCCUUGGCCAACCUGUGUUUGGCUUUGUGUUAUGUUUUUAUGAUGCUGUUUAGCGGUCUGCUGAUCAAUGUUGGUGAUCUUGGCGACUGGAUUAGCUGGAUCAAGUAUCUUAGUAUAUUCAGAUUUAGUUUAAAUGCCCUGAGUGUAAAUGAGUUGAAGGAUCAAGUGUUCUGUAACAAUGCAACACAGUGUAUAUCAGGCAACUUCUACCUAGAGCAGCAGAAAAUCCCCUACCAGACAAUCUGGGACCUGUGGUUGAAUGAGGCAGCGAUGGGCAUCAUGAUCUUCUGUUACCUCUUUCUGGCCUACAUCCAGCUUAGGAGGAUCAAAAAACUCAAGUAGACACACUUGCAACAUCAAGUAGACAUCCCCCCUGCAACAUCAAGUAGACAUCCCGCCCUGCAACAUCAAGUAGACAUCCCGUGCAGCAUGUAAACAUCCCUUCAAACAUUCACGCUGCAUCGAUUAGACAUCCCUCUUAAGUAGACAUCCCUGUAACAUUCAGCAGACAUCCCUGUAACAUCAAGCACACAUCAGUGAAGCAAUCAACUCUAUAGUUGAAUGACAUCCAGCCACCAUUCCUCUCAGUAUUACUGGCCUCUGAGCCCCACUAGUCUGUGUGUGGAUGUCAGUGUAUGGACCAUCUGUCAAGCCUGUGACCUUUGUGUGGAGGUCAGUGUAUGGACCAUCUGUCUAGCCUGUGACCUUUGUGUGGGGGUCAGUGUAUGGACCAUCUGUUAAGCCUGUGACCUUUGUGUGGAGGUCAGUGUAUGGACCAUCUGUCCAGACUGUGACCUUUGUGUGGAGGUCAGUGUAUGGACCAUCUGUCAGCCUGUGACCUUUGUGUGGAGGUCAGUGUAUGGACCAUCUGUCAGCCUGUGACCUUUGUGUGGAGGUCAGUGUAUGGACCAUCUGUCAGCCUGUGACCUUUAGGGGUCAGUGUAUGGACCAUCUGUCAAGCCUGUGACCUUUGUGUGGAGGUCAGUGUAUGGACCAUCUGUCAGCCUGUGACCUUUAGGGGUCAGUGUAUGGACCAUCUGUCAAGCCUGUGACCUUUGUGUGGAGGUCAGUGUAUGGACCAUCUGUCAGCCUGUGACCUUUGUGUGGAGGUCAGUGUAUGGACCAUCUGUCAAGCCUGUGACAUACUCUAAUGUUGAUUGAUUCUAAACAUGUAUUUUUAUUUAAAUCUUGCACAUUAAGUUAAGUGCCAGUUCAAGUUGUUCAUUCCUUCUAUGCAACAGAGUAGAAAUGUCAUAUAUUAUGGCAUUAGAAAAGUAUGACAUUGAAAGUCAUGUCACAUGAUCUUUGAUGUAAUAACAUGACGGUAACAUGAAUAAAUUAUCUUUUUACAGUUUUUUUU